UCGCUCUUGUACACUUGCUACUUUGCUCGGAUGAGAGCUGAGUGGUGGAGAUUUUCACCCGCUUCACCUCUUUCUCUCUCUCUUUCCCUCUCCCUCUUUGUGUCUCUCUCUCUCUCUCUCUCCCUCCCAUCCAACCAUCUACCCCCUCCUCUCACAUCUUUGCACUUACCACAGCGUGCAGAGGGACGGGGAGACGCGUAGUGCAAAGGAUUGGAGCGAUGGUAUGAUUUGUUUUUUUGCCAUUUAUGAUUUGGCUGUUCCCUUCUCUCUGUUGUGAUUUUGUUUAGCCUUUCCGUUUUGUUUUGCCGCCGUGUUUUCCUAAAUGGCGCAAGGGCUAUGCAUGCGUGUAGGCUCUGUUUUUGGUUUCGCCUGUGGGUGUGUGAUAUAACCGCCGCCGCGGAGGAUUUGGAUAGCCGGUCUAGGAGCGGUUUCGGCGGCACCCCCUUCACCACUGCUACCCCCUCCUCCUCUUCUGCUGCUCGCCUCUAUGUCGAGUGAUGGUCGGCUUGCCUUGCUGCUGGAAGCGCGGCGCUCUCCACGGAUCUUCAACGUCGGUACUUCUUCCUUUAGCAUCAUUUUUUCAUAUUUCGUGGAAACCUUUCACCAUCUAGGGGCCACUUAUGGAAACUGGAGAUCAGAAUUUUAGAAAAAAGGAAAACUAGUGGUUGUUUUCUUUUAAUCAUUUUUAUUUUGCCAUUAUUUUUAUUUUACCCAUUCGUUUUGGCUUGAUUUUGUUGAUCGUAAUCUGUAUCAAUGGCUUAUUCAUUUCCAUAGUCUACUGAUGUGUUUUUAUUAAGCAGAAGUAUGUCAGUCCCUUGGAAAAUUCAUCAUUUGUGUAUUUAUGUAUUCGCUUAAUUAUCUAUUCGUUGCCACCUGAACAUAUUUCCCAUAGAUCUCUUUAUUUUACCCAUCUUCAUCAAAAACAUCCACCUCUGUUAUUUCCUACCUCUGCGUUUUCCUGUUUCUCCUCUGCGUUGGAUAAAUGUAUGUUUAGAAAGAGACAUGCGUCGGCUCAAUCAGUUGGGUUAAAAAAAAAAACGCUGCCUACAUAGCAUUGCAAUUAAUGUCUUCGUCAUGACUACACACAGUGUGUGCCAGUUACUCACGUAGUUUUACAAAGUGCUUCGUUCUCAGAAGUGUUUCGGAGGGAAAACAUUUAUUAGGGUUUUGUCACUACACUUAACCCCGGUAUAGCUCUAUCGGUAGCCCUUUCCGUCUGAUUUGAGCGCGCUACAUAGCACAGAACACAAGCUAGCCAUUAGCCCCAUGGAGGAUACCACUAGACAUGUCCUGAUGUCCUCAUGAAAACGAGAUGUGGAAAUGUCAACUGUCUGCUUUAAUUUGGCAUUUACAAACCUCCCAACAUCACAUUUAGUGGGUGCUGAUUCGUUUAGAUAUAUCACGGGUUUGUUGACAGCAACAGUUGUUUCCUAAGGCUAAUGUAGGCUACAUUGGAACAGGAUACAUUUUUAUUACUAAAACUAAUGAUAGUUUAUUGCAUUUUGGGCCAUGUUGUAGAGAAUAGUAAUGCUUUGCCGCGGAUGUAGAUUUACUUUUGUGAUUCCCAACCGGUUGUACUAGGAAGGAAGAUUUAGUCUUUUCGCUUAAAUUUACCUCAUAAUAAAAAUUUACCUCAUCAUCCCCUCACCAGUCAUCCUGUAUCAUUUCGCAUUCCCCCAAGACACCCUGACUCAUUGUGCGUUCUGUUACCCUCUUGGAGUAAUAAGAAACAAUCAUAAGAAUCCAAACACGUGACACCUUGCCCCUUAUCGGCCCUUCUCCGGUCAAAAAAAAAAAACACUCAAUUUUUUUUAUUUGCUUUGGUCCCCUUAAAUUUACAAAUAUUUAUUUCCUAUACAUCAAGAGGAAAGGGGGUUCCCCUUUCUUGGAAUGCGGAAACAUGGGUCUUUUUGACCGCGGGGUUCAAAUGCUGCUGACCACGGUCGGCGCGUUCGCGGCCUUCAGUCUCAUGACCAUUGCGGUGGGCACGGACUAUUGGCUCUACUCUCGCGGUGUAUGCAAAGUCAAGAGCAACAACGAAAAUGAGACGAGCAAAAAGAACGAGGAGGUCAUGACACACUCGGGACUGUGGAGGACGUGUUGCCUGGAAGGUAACUUUAAAGGGAUGUGUAAACAGAUAGACCACUUCCCUGAAGACACAGACUACCAAGCAGAUGGUGCAGAGUACUUCCUGCGUGCGGUGCGGGCCUCCAGCAUCUUCCCCAUCCUCAGUGUUAUCAUGCUCUUCAUGGGAGGGCUGUGUAUUGCUGCCAGCGAGUUCUACAAGUCUCGCCACAACAUCAUUCUCAGCGCGGGGAUCUUCUUUGUGUCUGCAGGCCUGAGUAACAUCAUCGGCAUUAUCGUGUACAUAUCAGCCAACGCGGGCGACCCGUCCAAGAGCGACAGCAAGAAGAACAGCUACUCGUACGGCUGGUCCUUCUACUUCGGCGCGCUCUCCUUCAUCAUGGCGGAGAUGGUGGGCGUGCUGGCCGUGCACAUGUUCAUCGAUCGGCACCGCGAGCUGCGGCAGGAGGCGGCGCGGAGCCAAGGGGCCGCGGGGCGGAUCGGACGGCGGCCUGGGCCUGGCGGACCGGGCGGGGGCGGCGCCGACUACCUGCAGGGCUCGGCCAUCACGCGCAUCCCCAGCUACCGCUACCGGUACCGCCGGCGCUCGCGCUCCUCCUCCUCCACGGACCCGUCGCACUCGCGCGACACCUCGCCCGUCGGCCUCAAGGGCUUCGGCGCACUGCCCUCCACCGAGAUCUCCAUGUACACACUGAGCCGUGGUGGAGGUGGAGGAGGAGGAGGAGGAGGAGGAGGGGACACCCUGAAGGCGUCCCACGGGACCCCCACCACCACCUACAACUCCGAGAGGGACCACAACUUCCUGCAGGUCCACAACUGCGUCUCCAAGGACCUGAAGGACUCGGGCCACGGCAACGCGGCCAACCGCCGCACCACCCCCGUAUGAGCCCCGCCCCCCUCCUCUCUCACUCACGACGACAUCCCACGACCCUCUUCCAGAAGAGCCUCCCGCAUAUACAAACCCUUCCACUCACUCACACACACACACACACACACACACACACACACACACACACACACACACACACACAUAUACAUACAUGCCCUCAGCCAGGAGGAAGGAGAUAGAAAUAAGGAAGGAAAGGAGGGAAGAGACAUAAAGACAGAGUGGGAGAAUACGAGGUUGAAAGCAAACGUAGAUGAUGUGUUGAUAGCUUCCAUGAGUCCCCGAGUUCGGGGAGGCGCAAGAGUUGCAGUGAUUAAAUCAUAAUCAUUCAGAAAAAAAAAGGCACUACCGUCUCUGCCCAACAUUGAUGAGCUCAGUGUGUGAAGUGGUGGAAAGAGAUAGCCAGGCGAGGAGAGGGCUUGCUGACUAAAUAAGGAGGAUAGGCCAUGCGUGUGGCGAGUUUUGAAAAAUAUAAAAAAAAAAAAAUAUUUAGAUUUUUGUUUUUGUUUUUAAACUCGUCGCCAUCUGCUGCUUAGGUGUGGGAGGGAUCUCUGUUCGUCCUCCCCACCUUUAACCUCCAAUCAUCUCACUCCAUUUGAUGACAUCCGUGUAUUUUAUUCUUUUAUACAUGGUUUAAAGGUAUUGGCAUUAAAUACUGUGCCCAGCUUAUACCAAGUUUUGUCGAAACAAAAAAGAUCCAUUAUGAACUGAUUAUAUAUGGCUAUAUAAAUAUAUAGAUGUGAAUAAAUUCAACCACAGGCCCUCCCUGAUGUAAAACUUUAGGGAAAAGGAAGACAUUUUUGGAAGAAACAAACAAAAUAAACUAAUCAAAACUUAAUAAAGUUGCCAUGGAAACCAAAAGAGCAAAGGCAGAAGGGUGUCAUUGUGACUCAGCUUUUUUUUUUUUUUUUUUGACUGGACGAAGGAGGAAGACGCCAGCUGUGGUCACCUGAACGACUUUUUAAAAAGUAUCCCUUGUCUUGCUCUUUACAGGAUCCGUCUGCCCUUUGACUUGUUAUUAGUUUGGUUUCAUUUUGUUUUGUUUCGGUUCGGUUCUGUUCUGGAGGCCUUGCCCUUUUUCUCUCUUCAACAGAAACAACGAGCGCUGUCUAGUGGCUUCCACGGAGUCGCACAACGACUGGUCAGCAGUAGAACCCUGAACUACCAUCUAACACUGAGAGAGGAUGGAGGGGAUUGACGGGUCGGCAGCUGAAGGGUUUGGGAUCAGGUCAAAGGUCAAGGACGAGAGAGCUAGUCAGACAGACGACAACAGAUCAACCUGCAAGAGGAUAAAAACUGUAAAUGGGCAAAGAGAUCCCACAUGAAUGACUUCCAGAUAAAGAAAUUUACGUGCAUGCU